AUGUCGACCUGUUUUGGUUCUCGCAAAAAGUCGCAUCGAAAUGGCGAAAGAGAGCCUCUGCUACCCGUGUACGAAGAUGAUACCUCCCUCCAACGCACGGCACAUCAGAAGCUUCACUCCUAUCAGCAGUUUAGAGCUAUGUCGAAAGGAUACAUGCCAAGCACCGAACAGAUAAUUGCGAAUCUACGAACCUUUCUCGCAGCAGACAUAUUAAAUCCUAAUACGCCAGGAUUGACUGAUUCGGGGAGAUUGUUGACCAAAUACACAAAACAAUGGUUGCAAGAGUUCAUCGAGCUCUCUGGAAACAAAAAUCGUGAAGACCAGAUCCAGGAUUUCAUAUGGUACCUGCUUCAUGCGAGAGUCGAAGUGGAUGUAGAAGAUAUUGUAAAGCAAGCUGGAAAGACCCGUGUGAAAGCCGAUGCAUCUGCAGUCUAUGAAUCCCUUCGAACGAUAUCGACUCUCCUCUUAACCAAUUCCUCAUUCCGGCUUUUCCUCUCUGAUCUUACGACUAUUUCCAAGCAAGUAUUUGCCGACACAGCCAAUACCCUCUCUACUGUCGCCGCCGAAGCAGCCGAAAACCUCGAGCCGUCUUCUUCAGAGAACAAAGCUCUCAAGAGCGCCGAAAAUGGAACAGGGAAAGCCACCGCGAAUGGCAAGAAAUCCACCAGCAAUGGCGCCACCCCCAGUGCAGACGACUUGGAGGAAAAUGUUGGACAAAUUGCUGAAGUUUUAAAAGAUGGCUUGAAAAAGACUACCGAUGAAGCCAUUAUUUCGACACACGAUAAAAUUACAGAUCAAAAUGCAAAACAAACUAUGCUCAAGCAUCUCAAAACGGCAGUGGGUCGUCUAGCAAAGCGGCCAGACUACAAUGACUCAGUUUCAACAAUUUCGACUCUCCUUCAACGAUAUGCAAAAGUCUAUUCUCGUGCCCUCGACAAGACAGUCGCUACCGUGCAAGACGAUGUUGAUACCAACGCUGAGUUAGAUCGGGCUGUCAAGAACGGAUGGUUGUUAUUAGCAAACUUCGGCGAUAAAUCUGAAUGGGAGUCAUUAGAGAAGAAGUUCAAUGCAGUCAUGGCUCAUUCGCAAAAAGACCCAGAAUUUGAAAAGAUGAUGGAAGAGCUGACAGGCUCACUACAAAAAAUGCUAACAGAUCCCGAGUUCUUCGACGAACCUUCAAACGCCGUCGAAGCCAUCAAAGAGAAAUACGAAGAGGUCGGUCAAAGCACCUCGGACUCGACCAUGAAAAAGGACGUUGAGGAGCUCCUCAAGCAAAUCAAACGGACCUUCCACUCCGUCCUUAACGACCAAGACGUCUCCAAGCUUCUCUCCACAUCCUUCAAACUAUGGAGCAUUCUCAACCCCCUCAAUAUCCACUCCAACAAAGAACUCUUCCAAGACGCCUAUACCAUCUUCAUCCCUAUGCUCAUCACCGCCAUCCAAUAUCUCCCGAUCCCCCGUCUCGAGAUCUCGGCUCCGGAAGUCGAUCUCCUGCUUGAAAACGUGAUUAUCGAACCUGGAAAAACGGUUAAUAACAGCAGUUUCUUGCCGUUUAGGUUGAAGGUUGAGACGUAUAAUGAUUUGACGAUUCAUAAGAGGAAGUUUAGGACUGUUAGCUCGGUGGCUAGUUUGGUUACGGUUAAGGUUCAGGGUCUGAGUGUUAGGGCUGACGAGAUUGGUUACUGGAUGCGAGCCCACAAGGGCUUGAUCCGCUUAGCAGAUGAAGGAAUAGCAUCAUUUGAAUUAGAUGACAGGGGUAUCGAUAUUGAAAUGGACAUUGAAGUUGGCAAAGACCGACUUGAAAAGGUUCUCUCCCUCCGCAACGUCCGCGUGAAAAUCCACCACCUCUCCUACAAGCUCAGGCGUAGUAAGUUCACCCUGUUCGGGUGGCUUUUCAAACCUUUCUUGCGCCCCAUCAUUCGAAAGGUGCUCGAAAGACAACUCGCCACAGCCAUCGAGGACUUCGUCCACGCUGCCAACAGAGAAGUGUUGUUCGCCAGAGAAAGGCUUAGGGCCACAAGAAUCAGCGAGCCUAAGGAUAUCAUGACGUUCAUCAGAGCGGUAAUGACCAGAUUGAAGCCCGCAGAAGAUCCAGACCUAUAUGCGAGUGUCGGUGUUACCGGUACCAGCGACGUCCGAGGAUCCGUCUUCGCUGGUCGGUAUGCACCGGGUUCGCUUGUCAAGCUCUGGGAAGAGGGAGCGAGAAGAGCGGGCGAGGUUGUGGAGGAGAACGCCACCGGUGUCGGGGGUUGGCGCAAUGAGAUAUUCGAUGUCCCAACUGCUUCUCCAAUAUUGUAA